AUGCGGGCCAUAGCUUUGCUGUGGUGCGGAUUGCUCCAGUUUGUGCAGGCCAUAGAGUUGCUGUGGCAUGAGAUGAUUCAGCUUACGACUCAGAUCUACCUUGCAACAGUGUUCUUCAGUGCUGUUGUUGUGUUGAUCCGACGCAAGACAGAGCAGACCAAAAGACAGAAGUAUCUUGACAUGAUUCGGAUGCGCAAGCAAGCAUCUGCAUGGGCAGCCAUGCGGGUGGGAAGGCAGCGUGUCUCAUGGGGACGUGCUCUCAUUCGCAAGUCCAAUCGCUGGAAGCGAGCAGCAUCGGAGACGUGGAAGGAAAUCAAGUGGUCUUUCAGAAAGGAAGACUGGGUAGAAGAGCGAGGGAGUGAUGUUCUUUUUAGCAGUGGCCCAGCAGACCUUGCAAAUCAGUUGGAUGUAGAUGAGGGGCGGACUUGGGUCGUGCAAGUUGAGAUGCAAGAUGAAGCAUUGGAGAUACUUAACAUGAUCGCCGCCACGGUGGGAGGGAGCAUAGCAGUCAUUCUUGCAGGAAGUCAUCCAUCAAAGAUUGAAGAGUUGGAUCCCGCUUUUCAGGAGUUUGGUAGCAGUGCGACGCGCAUCAAAGUGCCAGGUCACCUCGAUGGCAGACUUCAGGCCCGCACCUGUUGGAUCUUCCGGUUUGGGCCAGAACAGCCCAUACUACGCACAAGAAUCGCGAUGAAGCUUCCAGCAGGAGUGCAAUCGCCAAGUGCCGCUCGACCUUCGUGGGUACUCAGACUCGCAUGUCAAUGGCAUUACAACAACUCGGACUGGAAGCGAGUCUUGCAGUCUCCAGGGCCGCAGGCUAGGAAAUGGGCAACAUCCGCAUUUCCAGAGUCCAGACAGGAGUUAGGAGACACAUGGGCAUGGCAGGAGGUUCAUGCUGGUCUUGUGCAAGGGCUACUACGAGUUCAUGAUCAAAGUUUGGCUCAACAGUUACUUGCCCACAGCGGGUCCAGCAAUGAUUUCGGUACGUGGUUCGUCGAGGCCGUAGGCGAGUACCCAGGUGACAACCAAGCCACCAAAGUCUUGUGGAUCCCAUGGAUAAACCCAGAAACAUGGGAUGAGUACUUGACUCGAGUACGGCAGGAGGGCUCAUUCGGUGUAGUUCGAGGGGCGCAUCAAUUGGGAGUCAGGGUGUCCCCCCGAGAUACUCGAUGGAAGGAGCCGGCUCAUAAAUGGACGAUUCGAUGGGUGCCUAAGGCCUGGACCACGCAUGAUGUUUCUCAGGUGUUGAUGGCCAUGGGCUACCAGGAUGCCAGCAUCACAGGCAAGUCCCUUCAGAGACCAGGCGCAAGUUGGUACUUCAGUGCACGUCGGGGGGACGGGCUACAGAGUGUCCAAGCAGAAAUGGAGAUAGGUGCAGGCGAAAAGCUCGAACUGCAGGCGAUGAUGGAUGCUAAAUGGCGUGCAGCUCCUAUCUCCAGUGCUCGAGGCCUGCAACCGGAAAAGCGAGUGUCCUACCGCGAUGUCUUACCAGUUGCUGAAGUUGCGGAGGGGACAUAUAGCUACUAUGGUGCGCGCAAAUCACCAGACCUCCACAUGGAGGUGGAAACCGAAGAAACAAUCUCUGCUUCCAGGGAAGUCAUUCAGCAGGAUGGUGAGCCUUUGCAGCUUGAUGCCGGCAUUCAGCCUGAGACCAAAGGUGCCAAGCGAGCGGCAGAGACACAUCAACCGCAGCGAGCCGCUGCGAUGGCAAAGUGCACAUGGAUGCCAACUGGAAAAAUAUUGCGAAAUUCGGGUCAGGGCGAUUGUCUCUAUCACUCCUUAGCCCAAGCUCUCAAUCAUGCAGGUGAAGUCGCGCGUAAAGGUGAAGAACGUUCCCAUCGGCAAAUCCGGGCCUUCACCACGGCGGCCUUCAAGAAAUGGUUCUCGCACUACGAAGAGUUAUGGUUGGGCCAGGGCAAACCGGACGCUCGAGGACAGCAACAAGAGGACGGCACCUUCCAGGCAUACGUGGAUCAGCAACAAAUGUUAGGCGUGUGGAGUGGUGCGCUGGAAGUGUUAGCAUUUGCCGAAGCUUUCAACAUAAGGGUUUGGGUGGCAACCUCCAAAGGAGAGGUGCGAAUCUUCAACGAGAAUGCGCGCAACGCGGGGGUCUACCUUUUCUAUUCUGAUUGUCAUUAUGAAUGCCUUCAAGAUGCUCGGGAGGAGGAAUUCAUCCGUCGCAAACGUGAGCAAGAUGAAGCUGGAGGUAAAGGGCACCUGACAGCUUUGAUGCGUGGCGGUGUAGGGUCUCUUCGCUUAUCAGACUUUGGAUCGGUGAAUCAUGAAAGCAACAAGCGCAGUCAUGAUCAGAACUCGCUGAGGCUCUCGGACUUUGCAUCGACGAAGAAAUCAAGGACAAAGAAUUCUGGAGCAGAUGUUCCUGUACGUGAGGCGGGAACCACCAAGAGCUCGCCAAUGACAACGAUUCAUUGCGAUGGUGGUAAUCAGCAGCACUUGGGCUCUUCAUGUACAAUACACAGGAGAGGGUCAAGCAUUGCAGGCAGUCAUUCUGAGAUGUCCCAUGCGGAGCAAGAUAAAAGUAGCAAGACGGGCAUUUGCGAGUCACAUGUGUGGGUUUGCAAUGUCUGUCAUAUGCUUUGCCGAGCUAGCCUACGCCCGAUGCUUUCAGCCGCCCGCCACAGACACAUUCAGAAGGUCCAUCCGAAUGAAGACCGCAAGAAGUUUCACCGUCUCAACGAGUGCACCGUCAUUCCGACAUUAAGCAAGAAAGCACUGGGGAAACGAAUGGUGUGGGAAUGUGCCUGGUGCCACCAAGGGCUUCCUCGUUUGCACAGGACCCAGGCGAAAGCAAGCAUUAAGAGUCAUUUGGCAUCGUGCAAGAAGGCGCCCGAAGGAGCUGAUCAGAAACUCAAUCGCAGCAUUCAUCUCUCCAAGGCUGGGUUGACGGAGCGCGUAACGGUCAACAGUCUCUAUGCUGCCAGAAUGUUGCAGUUCAAGUCCCGCGAAUCGAAGGUUUUGGAAAGCUUGCGAGGCGGUGGCCAUAAGAUCGUCGAGGUUUUGCAUACUAGUCAGCGCCGGAGAUACACGUGCUCAAACUGCACGCGCUAUUGGAAAUCCAUCAGUGCGAUUCAGGCAAUCCACUUCAAGUGCAAGGGCAAGGAUGACAGACGACAGUUGAUGCAAUCCAAGGGUCGUCGGAGGCUUUGGGGCAUGGCACAGUUGAAAAACAAGCGCAAGCUACAGUCUAUUUGGAAACUGUCGCACAGUGAGGUGAAGCAGCUCAACACGACAAAGAUCCGACCACGCGCAAGUGGCUCCCAAGACUGA